AUGUCGGCUAUGUCUUCCGGGUGUAACGCCAACGUUGACCAUUUGGGCUCGCAGGUCGCCAACAUCAGUACCGAUUCGCCUACGCCAAGCGUCGUGACCUUCGAGGAGGAAAAUGGCAGGACUUACCAUUCCAUGAGCUCCGGGAAGUACCCAUUUCCCAACGACAUUAUUGAACAGGAGCGCCUCGCGCUUCAGCAUCAGAUCUGGGACGUCACCCUGAAUCACAAGCUCUGCCUGUGCCCGAAGAACUAUGGCAGGGCCAAGAACGUGCUCGACGCUGGCACCGGCACCGGACUCUGGGCGAUUGACUAUGCCGACGCACACCCCGAAGCCAAGGUUGUCACCGGCGUUGACCUGAGCAGCAUACAGCCGAAAUGGAUACCCCCAAACCUGAGCUGGGAAAUGGACGAUCUCGAGAUGGAAUGGACGUGGCCCCAGCGAUUCGAUUUCAUCUUUGCUCGAAUGUUAGUCGGGAGUCUCUGCGACUAUCAAGACUUCGUGAACAAGGCCUUCGAUAACCUCGAACCGGGCGGCUAUCUUGAGAUGCAAGACAUUUGUCUACCCUACCGCUGCGACGAUGGCACUUUGACUAAUGACAACCCGAUCAAAAGACUGUCCGACGUUUUCACUACGGCAGGCAAGGUGUCGGGACGCCGCAUGGAUCUGGCCUGGACCUACGCUACCCUCAUGCGCAAUGCUGGCUUCGUCGACGUGGUGGAGACGCAGUACAAAUGGCCCAUCAACGGCUGGCCUCGCGAUCCCCAUUAUAAGACCCUAGGGGUUCUGACGCAGCACAAUCUGGACCACGGUUUGGAGGGGCUAACGCUCGGUUUGACUACGAGAAACCUGGGGUGGACCAGACAGGAGACGCUCCUGUUCUGCUCCGAAGUGAGGAAGGCGCUGAAAAGCCACAGUGCCCAUGCUUACGCUCCCAUACACGUCAUUUAUGGGAGGAAGCCGGAAGAGACGGCCCAAGACGACCAAGAUGGCCAAGUCCAUGUCGGCAUGCCACCAGAUAUCCAUUAG